CGUUUACUUUUCCACUUUCCCUACUCUUUUCUUUUUUUCCUUCACUUCUCCUGAGAUUCUUAGAUUCAACAGCGUCGGAGUGAACCCAUCUGAACUGAUUAGACAACAUCCUAAACUGUUACUGUUACUCCACUACCUCCUCCAUCAGACAGAGCACAUAGCACUCCCUCCUGCUCUUACCACCACCUCGAUGUCGUCAUCGGUCAACAGUCAAUCAGACUCAAACACAAUCGAACCUCCUCAUCCCCCCCCUUCUCAAAGCACUCACACCCCUCCCACUAACCCAUCCCCUCAGAAUAAUGAGAACAGCAGUAACGAACAUAGUAACUCAGACAAACCAACAACAACAACAACCACAACCAAACCAAAGAAAAAGCUAAACCGCCAGCUGGCUAGCUGUUCGGGUUGUCGUAAACGACGGACCAGGUGCGACCGAGGUAGACCAUGUUCAGAAUGCUACAAGCGAAACUCGGCUUGCGAUUAUUCUGGGGCUAGUGCACCUCCCUCUAUGCCCCAUACCUCCAUCGCCGAGCAAGUCGAACGUGAAGAAUAUAUUAAAAAACUCGAGGCACGUAUCCAAGCGCUCGAAAACAGCGUCCCUUCUGCAAGUGAUCACAGCCAAUCAUCUACUCCGGCCAACCUAGCUCAAGAUUUCUCUGUCGACGAUCUGGCCUCUCAACUGAGUAUCAUCACCAUCGGCCAACGAGUUCGUUGCCCAACCGGCCUCACCCAUCCACCUCACCCCUUACGCACUCAAUUUGAAUCCAUCCUUGCCUCUCAAUCGAAUAUCCCACCCAUCACCUUCAUCCAGCCAGACCAACAGUUCUCCUUGGACUUGGUAGCAAGAUAUCCUAUCCCAACCCUCGAGGAACUAUGCUCAGAGUGUCUACCACCAAGGUCUCAGAUCGACUUCUUAUCAGGCUUCUUCUUUACUACUCUCAACCUCUGGACGCAUUCCAUCAAUCCGGUCGAUUGGAAGAUCCAACUUGAUCGCUUCUGGAGCACCCCUGACCGACUUCACUUUCGUCCCUCGCCCUCCAAACCCGAUCCGCCACAUCUUACCAAACAUUACCUAGCUCAGUUUGUCUCGAUCUUAUAUGGGAUCAUCGGUCAUGGGCUUGCGAGGUUGGCCGAUAUCCAUAACCUCGAAACCGUUGCCGAAAACCAAUCCAGUGGAGACUCCUCUGCAUCCAGCCCUCCUCGCGAUUACCAUCUGUGGAACCUUAAUCAAGCUGAAAAGAUCUCACUUUCUAACCGCUGGUUCAGGUUCUCCUUAGGUUUAUUGAUGAGUCCAGAGGGGAACAUUUACAUCAAACCAACAAUUUUUGGGAUCAGGGCCAUGGCCAUACUGAGUAACGUCGAACACGCGCCCGAAAAUAUCGAUCAUGGGAUGAUCUUUUGGUCGUUGACCACCAGCUCGGCGAUGUCAGCUGGACUGCUCCGUGAACCACCGGUUUCUGAUGAUGAAGACAUCAAAACUCUAGAUGAAACUGAAAUCGAAUCUCGUAGGCAGCUUGCUUGGGCAAUACUAGGUCUUGAUUGGGCAGGCUAUUCCAUUGCUAAUGGAAUGAGACCAAACGGUGAUCCUGAUCAAAUAACUGUCAAGUUCCCCGGCACCGUCAUCAGUUCAGCUACACCUCUCCAUCCCAUCGACGGUUGGCCGCUUGAUCCUCUGGUGUGCAUUCGCCGGAUAGCUGCGCAAAAUGAUCGCCUGAUGCGAAAAGCAAGUAUUAAGAUCGCAAGUGGCCAUCCAGCCACAUAUCAAGACGUCAAAGAUGCUCAGGAGAAACUCGAUGAAGUCGAAUCGACGAUUCCUCAACGACUUCAGGCCAGGAUCAGUGCAGAUGGCAAAUCAUUUGAAACGGUAGUGAAAAGUGACGAAGUAUAUACUCUUCUGGCCGCUUUCUUGUAUAGUCGAUUCUGUGUCCCUCGAAUCAGAUUACUUCGAUUGUUCAUUUUUCCCAAGGAAGGUGUCCCUCCUCAAGACCGACUCAAACAGCUGGAAACGCUCCUAUCGACUUCGAAGCUCCAUUUCCUGCCUUGCGUUACUAUCCACAUAAUCUCAGCAUGCAUCCUCUCAUACUGUAUGGCCUUAUCAAUACCGCAGUUGCUUGUGCUUUGGUUUUACUCAUCAAUCGGCAAACACAUGAGCUCGUAAUCGACGAAGAUUUCUAUCUCUCAGAACUUCAUAAAAUCAUGGCCUUAUUCGAUUUGGGCAAGAAAACCGUCGCGGCAACUAUGUCCCGAAAAGCUAUCACACUCUUGCAAACUCUGAUCAAGCAGGCUGAGCUUCUCGCUCAUUCUGCCGAGUCCAAGAGCUGGGAUCGUCGAAAGAAAGGACCUGGGGCUACAAUUCAAGCAAGUCACAAAUCGAUAGCUGUGGACGGAGAGGACCAAGUGAAGAAACACAAGCAACAGG